AUGGCCUGCGCGCUCAACAUGUCGCUCCCCGUCAACGCGUCGUGCGCCGGCGGCGCGACGGCCUUCGCCUGCACCUGCGACGCCGCGGCCUUUUGCUGCGACGACGACGACGACUGCGCUUGUCUGGGCCGCGACGGCGGCGACGAGCUCUUCUCCUUCAGCUGGCCGCUCGUCGCCGGGUGGUACGCCAUGUUGGUCGUCCUCUUCUGCGUCGGCCGGCGGGGCCGCUUCGCGGCGCGGCUCUGCGGCCGCCGCGCGGCCGCGCCCGCCGCGGCCGCGCCCGCGGCCGCGCCCGCGGCCGCGCCCGCGCCGCCGCCGAGCGUCCGGACGCGGCGCCUCGCCGAGGGCGACGAGCGUGGCGACGCCUGCACGAUCUGCCUCGGCGCGCUCAAGGCGGGCGACGCGGUCGCGAUGCUGCCGCGCCCGCCGGGGCCGCGAAAGGGCGACGCGAGGUGCCCGCACGUCUACCACGAGGAGUGCCUCCGCACGUGGCUGAAGCGCAAGGCGAGCUGCCCCCUCUGCGCCCGGCCCAUCGUCGAUGACGUCGAGGCGCCCGACGACGCGCGAGAGGGCGGCUGCGACGCGGCGCGCGACGUGUUUUCGACGAUGCGCGCGCUCCGCGUCGCGGCCCUCCUGGGCGUCGCGCGGGCCUACAUCUGUCCGGUCAAGAACUCCGUGCCCCACGAGGCGUCGGGCGACUCGUCGCCGGACGACUGGUACGACGCCGACAAGGAGGCCGAGGACGAGAGCGACGGCUCCGUGGACGUCAUCGCGAUCUCCGAGGUCGCGUCGAAGCUGCGGCUGACGGUCUUUCUCAACGACGGCAGUCCCAGCGCCCCGAGCUUCGUCGGGACGACGAUCCGGGACGGCACCAUCUGCGACGACUACAGCUCCGUCGCCGUCCUCGACGCGGACGGCGACGGAGACCUCGACAUCCUCGUCGGCUGCGUCGAACACGUCGUCCUCUACACGCAGGAAGCGGGAGGCGUCGCCGAGCGCUUCACCAAGAGCGAGCCCUUCGAAUUUGGCUGGGCCUUCGACGGGGCGGCGGGCGUCGCGCUCGCCGUCGGCGUCGCCGACGUCGCGGGCGCCCCGGGCGUCGACCAGGUCGUCGUCGUCACCGGCGGGCCGCCGCCCGAGUCGGGCAACGGGGCGGGGAGCCUCGGCCUGCACUGCCAGAACGUGGACGCUCCCGACCACACCCCGGUCGAUAAUUGGGUGACGGUCGACCUCCCGACGGACUACGCGACCGUCGACGUCGCGCUCGUCGACGUCGACGGCGACGGCCACGUCGACGUCGCGCACGGCCACGCCGACGGCGUCGAGUUCUUCUCCAUGGACGACCCGACGGCGAACCAAAAGUUCCGCGCCUGGUCGCGGCGCCACGCGCUCGCCGUCGCCGACUUCCAGGGCUUCGCCUUCGGCGACGUCGACGGCGACGGGUGGCCGGACAUGGCGACGGCGACGUCGACGGGCAUCGUCUCCUGGCGCGCCGCGUAUGGGGCGCGCGACACCAUCGAGUGGGAGGCGGGGUCCGACGCGGGCUUCGGCACCUCGGUGUCCAUGAGCGCCGACGGCGCCACCGUCGCCGUCGGCGCGCGCGGCCACGGCUUCGUCCAGGUCCUCGACUGGGACCCGGACGCGGACGAGGGAGCGGGCUCGUACGUCCUGCGCGGCGACCCCGGUGACUCGACGAUCGUCGACCCGACCUGCGAUGUCUCGCCGUGCGUCGACGGUGGUGGCUUCGGGAGCGUGGUGUCGCUGAGCGACGACGGUCUCACCGUCGCCGUCUCGGAGCCGUCGUACGAUCGUCUCUGCCCUACCCCCCUGUCCUGCCCGGAGGGGCAAUCCACCGCCAAUGAAUCGGGGGCGGUGCACGUCUUCGAAUGGAAGAGCGGCGAAUGGCAACAAAAGGGCGACCGCAUCUACGGAGAAGACGCGUACGGCGACUUCGGAACCGCGCUCGCGCUCAGCGGCGACGCGACCGUUCUGGCCAUCGGCGCGCCGCGCGCCCCGGCGCAAUCGUCCGACGGCUUCGUGCACGUCUACGCGUGGGACGGCGCCGCGUGGACGAAGCGCGGCGACGACGUCUUUGAGCUGAAGCCGGCGCAAGGAAAAUUCGGCUCGUCCGUCGCGCUGAGCCGAGACGGCGCCGUCGUCGCCGUCGGGUCGAGCAACCACGGGGCGACGGCCGGCGUCGCGCACGUCUUCGAGUGGGACGGCGCGGCCUGGGCGCAGCGAGGCCAGGCCCUCGACGGCGAGGCGGGCGACGAGGCGGGGCAUUCGGUCGCGCUGAGCGCCGCCGGCGACGUCGUCGCCGUCGGCUCUCCCUCCAGCGACGACGUCGCCGACGCCACCGUCGAAGACGUCGGCCGCGUGCGCGUCUGGGCCUUCGACGCGGACACGGACGAGUGGGUCCGGCGCGGCGCGGACGUCGACGGCCGCGCCGAGGAGAACUUCAAGGCGGGCGCGUCCGUGGCGCUGAGCGCGGACGGCGCCGCGCUCGCCGUCGGCGCGAUCGGGAACGACAUCGCCAGCGCCAACCCGGGGUGCGUGGGCGUCUUCGUCUGGGACGGCGCCGCGUGGGCGCAGCGCGGGACGUGGGACGACGCGGCGGCGCGCGACGACGCGCGCGGCGGCGACACCGUCGCGCUGUCCGCGGACGGCGGCGUCGUGGCCUUGGGCGCGCCGGAGGACACGGGCGGCUCCCCGACGGGCGCGCCGACGGGCGCCGUGCACAUCUACGCGCGCGGGCUCCCCUACGCCGCGGAGCGGAGCCAGCAGCUCACUACAGACAACCGACACCAGGUCCACCUCGCGGACCUCGACGGCGACGCGGACCUCGACGUCGUCGCGAUCCACCGCGACCGGUCCAGCGUCGUCGAGCACGAAAACCUGGGUCCCGGCCGGGGCGAGGCGACCUUCGCCACAAACACCGGCCCCAUCUGGUCGGACAAACUGGACAGUUCGGUGCGGAGCGUCGCCGUCGCGGACCUCGACGGCGACGGCGACGUGGACAUCGUCGUGGGCGCCGACGCGUACCUCCCCCGCCACACGCACAAGUACGUGGACUGGCUCGAGAACCCGUGCGCGGCCAACCCGACGGCCGCGCCGACGGCCGCGCCGACGGCCGCGCCGACGGCCGCGCUCGUCUGCGCCGACGGCGAGCGGCGCUUCCUCAACACGCACGCGGCGUUCGCCGACGAGGCGGACGCCGCGCCCGCGCUCAUCGAGGUCUCCGGGACGGGCCACGACGCCAUCGACGGGCGCUACUUCCGCAACCGGGACGACGGCUUCGGCGGCGAUUCGUGCGACCUCCUGAGCGGCCUCCGGUGGGACCACGAGUUCACGGCCGGCGUCCGAAUCCAACGCGCGGACGCGGACAAGUACUACAUCGACGAGGCCGGCUUGGGCAUCUUCUACGAGGCCCAGGGCUCGACCUGCGACCCGAGCGCGCUCGCCUGGACGGCCAAGGCCGGCGAUCUCCACGCGCCCUGGAACGGCUACGGCUGGGUCCCCGAAGUCCCGGACGUGACGGCCUUCCGCAAGCGGGCCCGCGCGUCGUUCGCGGACGCGACGGCGAGCAACGCGGCGGCCGCGUGGCAGACGAUCGAGCGCGUCGCGAGCGAGACGGUCUACGAGUACCUCGAGUACCCCGGCGUCGGCCUGGGCAUGGGCUGGUGCGAGUCCGGCUACGUCUUCGGCGAGAGCAGCGGCCGCGCCGAUUACGAGGGCCCGAAACCGAUCCCGCUCGUGUACUGCAAGGCUCUCUGCGACGCGGCGCCCAACUGCGCGGGCUUCGACUGGAGCACUCAUGGGUGGGAAUGCCGCGGCUACGGCGCGGUCGAGCCGGAGGCGGGAGGCGGAUGCUAUCCGAACUCUGGGUACAACGUCUACGUGCGGUACGCGGCGGCGGAGGACGUCGCGGCCGUGUCGCUCUACCUCGCGGGCUCGGGCACCGCGCGCCUCGACGUCUACGACGCCGACGACGUCGACGACGGACGCGCGGCGAGCGCCGACCCCGCCGUCCGCUUCGCCGGGCUCACGUCCGUUGCGGCGUCGGCGGCGACGGCCUUCGAUUCGGGGGCGACGACGGCCUUCUCGGAGGUGCGCUUCGCGGACUUCUCGCCGCCCCUGAGCUUCUCCGACGCGCGGACCGAGUUCUACGUCUGGCUCCGGGCCGUCGGCGACGACCUCGACGCGUCCGCGCGGCGGGGGGGCGCCGACGCGCUUGGGGGCGCCGGCGCCGCCGAGGGGGUCGCCGGGCGCCUCGACCACGCGGUCUACGUCGGCGACGCCGGCUGGACGUGCCUCCCGUGCCCGGACGGCGCGUUCACCGACCCGGACGACGCCGGCGCGUGCGCGCGGCACGACCCGACGCCCGCGCCGACGCUCGCGCCGACGGCCGCGCCGUCGACGGCCGCGCCGCACGCGCUCGCGCCGACGGCCGCGCCGACGGGCGAAGUCGCGCCGACGCCGUCCCCGACGGCCGCCCCGACGGCCGCGCCGACGGCCGCGCCGACGGCCGCGCCGACGGCGGCCGCCGCGCCGGUGACCUUCGCGCCGUCGCCCACGGUCGCGUGCGGCCCCCACCAGCGGCGGGCAACGAACGCGGGCGCGGGCCUCUGCGAGGACUGCGGCGCGGGCCUCACGUACGUACAAGGCUGCCGCGCGACGACGCUCGAGGCCGCGUGGGUCCACGCCGACGGCGAGGCGACGGGGGAGGCCGAGCGCCGGUGCGCGCCGUCCGGCGGCGGCUGCGCGCUCGCCGUCGUCUACGACGGCCGCGCGGAGGACUGCGCGUCGUUCCGCGUCUCCGCGUCGUGGGCCGCGGACGUCGGCGACGGCGCGGGCGCCGGCGGCGGCGCCCGCCGCCUGACGGAGGGCGUCUACGCCAUCGGCGCCGCCCGCGAGGCCUGGCCCGACUACGUCGCCGGCGGCUUCGACGACGUCCACGGCGCGGCCGCGGGCGACCACGGCGGCAGCGACGACAACUCCGGGUGGCUCGCGCUCUCCGCGGACGGCGCGACGAUGGCCGUCGGCGCGACGCGGGCCGUCACCGUCCUGGCCUCGGGCGACGUCCAGGCGGGCCACGUCCGCGUCUUCCGCGGGACGCCGUGGACGCAGCUCGGGGCCACGCUCGACGCGGCGAACGUCGACAUCGGCGCCGGCGCGCGCUUCGGCGCCAGCGUGGCCCUGAGCGCGGACGGCGCCGUGCUCGCCGUCGGCGCGCCGGAUUCGGGGGCGGGGGGCGCCGUCUUCGUCUUCGAGUACGACGCGUCGGUCGCGGGGGGCUGGGUCGCGGUCGACGCCAGUCCCGACUUCCAGGACUUCCAGGCGGGCGCGAGCUUCGGGCACUCCGUCUCGCUCUCGGCCGACGGUGCCGUCCUCGCCGUGGGGGCGCCCUUCUUCGACGACGGCGAGAUCAACCGGGGCCAGGUGUCCGUCUGGGAGCGGCAGGCCGAUGGCGCGUACUUCUCCGUCUGGGCGCAGCGCGGCGGCGACGUCGACGGCGAAGACGGCGAGGGCGCGCUCGGCUGGUCCGUGGCGCUGAGCGCGGCGGGCGACGUCGUCGCCGCCGGCGCGCCCGGCGACGCCAACGACAAGGUCGGCCACGUCUACGCCUGGGAGUGGCGGGGGCGGUGGGUUCCGCGGCGCACCGCGGGCCUCGAGCGCGUCGGCGGCGAGGAGGUCAACGUCGGCCGCGCGAUCGCGCUCUCCGCGAACGGCGCCGUCCUGGCCCUCGGGUCCUACCGCAACGACGGGAGCUCCGGGGGGGAUUGCUGCGACCGGGGCGUCGUGCGCGUCUACGAGUGGCGCGGCGACGCCGCCGGCUGCGCGCAAAUAGGCGACGACCGCGAUCCCCCCUGCUGGGCGCUCCGCGGCGACGCCAUCGACGGCGCGGCGCCGUACGACAACUUCGGCCGGUCCGUCGCGCUCUCGGCCGACGGCCUCGUCGUCGCCGGCGGCGCGCCGGGCCACGACACCGGGGGCUUCCGCGUGCCGGCGUCAUUCACAGACAACCCGGAGCUGGUCGGCGAGUACCGUCUAUUCCCGUAUUCCUUCGACAAGACGGGUGCCGUCGUUUCGGACCCGCUGGUCGGUCUGUACGAGCGCAGUGAGGACGAUGGGAGCGAGGUACGAGUGUACGUGGCGGCGCUGUUUACAAACGACGGUUGGGACAUGUGGUCGGUGCAGAAGCGCACGUUUGCGGGCGCUGAUUACGCCGACGCGCUCGCUCUUCAUAAUGCGGGCACUGGGCAUGUCGACUACUCGAGCGGCUACGACUUCACGGCGUCUCCGUGGCAGCCUAUCGGUACCGCGAGUCAUCCGAUGGAGGCCAUGCGCGCGUAUCAGGCAUUCGCCGACGGACGGCGCCACCCGGCCCAGAUGCAAGCCGACAACAGCCCGACGGAGACGACGCCCGCCGCCGAUGCCGCGGGCCACGCGCGCGUCCUCGCCUGGGACGGCGCGGCGUGGCGGCCGCGCGGCGCGGACGUCGACGGCACGCGCGCGUCGCCCGACGGCGCCCGGGACGGCCUCGGCGUCGCCGUCGCCCUGAGCGGCGACGGCGCCGUCGUCGCCGCCGGGGCCGCGACGGACGAAGACCAGACGGCCCGGGGCUACGUCGCGACGCGCGCGUGGACCGCGUCGUCGGACCCGCCGGUCGCGUCCGUCGACCUCACGGACGGCCGCACGCUCGCCGCGGACGGCGCGAACCACGUCUACGACGUCGUCGUCUCCUGCGUCGGCUCGGACGGCGGCACGACGAGCCCCGAGGCCCCGAAGCUCACGCUCGAGAUCGUCGGCUACCCGACGGCCGCGCCCACGGGCGCGCCCACGGGCGCGCUGACGGCCGCGCCCGCGGCCGCGCCGACGGCCGCGCCGACGGCCAACCCGACCCCCAACCCGACGGCCAACCCGACGGCCGCGCCCACGGGCGCGCCGACGGCCGCGCCGACGGGGACGCCGACGGCCGCGCCGACGGCUGCUCCCACGGGGACGCCGACGACGCCCGCGCCGACGUCGCGGCUCGUCUGCGGCCCGCACCAGCGCGUCGAGGUCCCUGUCGUCGGCACCAACGCCUGCGUCGACUGCCCGGCGGGGGAGACCAACGACCCCCAGGACGACAGCGCGUGCCGCGACGCCUCCUGGACGAUCGAGUCCGUGAACGACGCCACCACCGCCCCCUACGAGUGCCCGCACGCGGGACCCUGCGCCAUUCUCGUCGCGUACGCGGGCCGCUUCAGCGAGUGCUUCGGCAUCGAGCUGACGGCCCAGGUCCAGGACUGCGUCCAGGACUGCGAUGAUGUCCGCGAACUCGCGCCCCCCGCGGAUCCCGAGGACGGCUUCGCGCUCACCGUGCAGCUCAUCGACGAGGACUGGAGCCCCGCCUUGCAUCCGUCGAUGGUCGUCGAACGCGUCGCGGUCACGGUCCGCUGCACAAACGACGCUCCCACCGCGGCGUCUUCGGCGACGGUCACCGUCGUCGUCGUCGACAUCCCGACGCCGGCGCCGACGGCCGCGCCGACGGCCGCGCAGACGGCCGCGCCCACGGCCGCGCCGUCGGCCGCGCCGACGCCCGCGCUCGUCUGCGCCGACGGCGAGCGCCGCUUCCUCAACGCCGUGCCGGGCUUCGCCGAGUCGCCGGCGCUCCUCGUCGUCGCCGGCACUGGCCGCGCCGACGUCGACGGGCGCUACUUCGCCGUCGUCGAGGAGGCCGAGCGAGUCGUCGGCGACGGCGCGUGCAACGUGGAGAACGGCCUGAGCUACGUCCACGAGUUCGAGCAGAGCACGCUGCGGCGCAGCGACGCCGGCAGCUGGGCCAUCCUUGCCCUCGUCCAGGACAGCCUGACCACCGUCUACACCGACGCCGGGGGCGAAACCUCCGUGUGCGACCCCGAGGGGUUUUCAUGGACCGAGUUCCACGAGUCGGUCUUGGACAACCCGACGGUGACCGCCUUCGACGGCGAGCCCGGCUGGCAGUGCCUCGACUGCCCGGCGGGGACGAGCACGGACCCGGACGACGCGGACAAGUGCCUGCGGCCCGACCCGACGGCGGCGCCGACGACGUCGCCGACGGCCGCGCCCACGGGGACGCCGACGCAGGCUCCCACCGUGACGCCGGGCGAGCCGACGCUCGCGCCCGCGACGCCCGCGCCCACGGCGGCGCCCACGGCCGCGCCCACGGGGACGCCGACGACGUCGCCGACGGCCGCGCCCACGGGGACGCCGACGCAGGCUCCCACCGUGACGCCGGGCGAGCCGACGCUCGCGCCCGCGACGCCCGCGCCCACGGCGGCGCCGACGGCCGCGCCCACGGGGACGCCGACGACGUCGCCGACGGCCGCGCCCACGGGGACGCCGACGCAGGCUCCCACCGUGACGCCGGGCGAGCCGACGCUCGCGCCCGCGACGCCCGCGCCCACGGCGGCGCCGACGGCCGCGCCCACGGGGACGCCGACGACGUCGCCGACGGCCGCGCCCACGGGGACGCCGACGCAGGCUCCCACCGUGACGCCGGGCGAGCCGACGCUCGCGCCCGCGACGCCCGCGCCCACGGCGGCGCCCUCGGUCACUCCGACGCCCGCGCCCUCGGUCACGCCGACGCCCGCGCCCUCGGUCUCUCCGACCCCGGCGCCCACCGUGACGCCGGGCUCGCCGACGCUCGCGCCCGCGACGCCCGCGCCCACCGCCGCGCCGACGGCCGCGCCGACGCUCGCGCCCUCGGUCGCUCCGACGGCCGCGCCCACGGGGACGCCGACGCCCGCGCCCUCGGUCGCGACGUUCGGAGGCGCGACGGACCGCGCGGGCCUCGCGGCCGCGUUCGCCUGCGGCGACGUCCUCGUCGUCGACGGCCUCGGCGAGGGCGCGACGUGCUACUUCGAGGACGCGUAUACGCUGCGCGUCGUGCCCGGCGCGGCGAGCGCCGCGGCGCCCGGCGGCCGCGCGUGGCUCCGGCCGGAGCCGCGGCCGCGCGGCGUCCGCGCGUUCCCCGGGCCGGCCUGCUGGGCCGCGGCGGCGGGCGGCGAGGCGACCGCCGUCGUCGUCGCGGCGCCGCGGGACGCCGUCGAGCCCGCCGUCGCGCUCGCGGCGCCCGCGGCCGUCGCCGCGUGCGGCGCCGUCGCCGUCGACAUCCUCGCGUCGACGGGCGACGGCGGCCGGCCCUGGGCCGACGUCGUCUGGACCGUCCCCGCGGGCGCGGUCCUGGCCGACGGGGCGCGGGGCGCGCCGUCGGCGACGCUCGCCGACGUCUCCGCCUUCGCGGGCGGCGAGCUCGCGGUGAGCGUCGAAGCGACGAACUUCCUCGGCGGCGCCGACGCCGCGUCCGCGACGAUCGCCGUGCGCGCCGCGGCCGUGCCCGACGUCGUCGUGCCCGGCGACUUCUCCGCGGAGCGCCGCGGCGACGUCGUCGAGCUCGUCGCCGAGGCCGUGGCGAGCGCCUGCCCCGGCGAGGCGCCGGACUCCGCGCGCCUCGUCUACGCCUGGGCGUCGACGGCCGGCGGCGAGCAGCUCUCGGAGCCGAACAAGUUCCGCCUGCCGGCGCACGCGACGGCCGCGGCCUUCGUCGACGUCGAGGUCACGGUCACGGACCGCCUCGGCCGCGAGAACGCCGCGUCCGCGCGCGUGACCUACGCGCCGAGCCCGCUCGAGGCGGCCAUCGCCGGCGCGGACCGCCGGUCCGUCGCCGUCGGCGCGGUCGCGGAGCUCGACGGCGCCGGGAGCCGCGACCCCGACGUCGCCGCGGGCGCGCCGGCGGCCCUGGCCUACGCGUGGUCCUGCGUCGACCCCGCGGGCGGCAGCUGCGGCGCCGCGUCGACGGCGACCUUCGCCUUCACGCCGGCCGCGGCGGGCGACCACGUCGUGACGCUCGCGGUGUCCGGUGGCGGCCGCGUCGCCGAGGCGACGGCCGAGCUCGACGCCGCCGUCGUCGUCGACCCGCGGGGCGUGCCGGACGUCGGCGUCGUCACGGCCUUUGAGCGGGCGACGGCGUCGGGCCUCUGCAAGUUCCAGGCGGACGUCGGGGGCGACUACGUCGACGAGGGCAUCAGCUACGUCUGGCGGGUCGUCGAGGGCGCGCUCGAGGGCUCGCUCGCGUCCGUCGCGGCGUCGCCCGCGAGCGGCGACGUCUUCGCCUACCGGCUCGUGUCGCUGGACGUGCCCUGCGACGCGCUCACGGCCGCGGGCGGCCCCUACGGCAUGGAGCUCUCGGCCAAGUACGCGGACGGCGACGAGGAGGCCCGGGCCGUCGUGAGGUACGCGCCCGCGAGCCCGCCCAAGGCCGGCGAGCUGCGCGUCGACCCGCCCCGGGGCGUCGAGGCGACGGACCUCUUCCAGCUGAGCCUGCCCGACGCGGCGUCGUUCGUGCCGGAUCGGCCCAAGCUCGAGUACGCGUUCUUCGAAUCCGACGAGGCCUGCGAGUCCGAGGCCUGCGAGUUCGCGAUCGUGCAGCGGGGGCCGUCGUCGCGGCCCGGCCCCGUGACCCUGAGCGCGGGCCUCGCCGCGAUGGCCGGCGAGGCCGCGCGGAAGCGGGUCGUGGCCUACGUCUGGGACGCGGACGGCACGCGCGCGCGCGCCGAGGCCUGGGUCGACGUCGUCCCGCUCGCGGACCUCGGGGCCGUCGAGGAGGCCGCGGCGGAGGCCAUCGAGGAGGCGCUGGAGACCGACGACGUCGACGAGCUCGUCAACGCCAUCCACCAGACGGCGACGAUGCUCCGGCGCCUCGCCGCGGUCGACGCCGCGACGUCGGCGCCGAGCCGCGCGCCGACGACGCUCGCGCCGACGACGCCCGCGCCGUCCGUGACGCCGGGCGCGCCGACGCCCGCGCCCGCGACGCCGCCGCCGACGACGCGGUCGCCGACGACGCGCGAGCCGUCGCGCGCGCCGACGGGCGCGGCCGCGCGCGCCGAGGCCGAGGCCGCGGCGGCCGCGGCGUUGGAGAUCAAGGUCGAGGUCGUCGCGGAGCUCAUCGACGCCUUCGAGGCCGUCGUCGAGCUCCAGGCCGACACGGUCGACGAGCAGGAGACGAUCAACACGCGCGCGAUGAUCGCCGACGCCGUCACGGCCGACGUCGAGGCCCUCGAGGCCCAGGCGCCGGAGGAGCAGGACGCGCUCGCGGCGACGGUCGCCGACGUCGUGAGCUCGCUGCGGGACGUGCCCGUGGCGGCGGACGCGGCGGCGAGCUUCCUCAAGACGCUCGGGCGCCUCGACGGCCUCGGGCUCUUCGCGGGGAGCGAGAAGAUUGCGACGCCGGCCUACGGCGACCGCGCGGCGGCCCCCGCGGCGGCGGCGCGGCGGCUCGAGGACGCGCCGGCGACGUUCGCGUCGCUCCUCGACGACGUCGCGGCGUCGCUCCUCGUCGAGGCGACGCCGGGCGCUGACGCCACCGACAUCGACGACGGCGCGGGCCUGCGGCUCGUCGCGACGCGGCUGCUCGCGUCGACGACGGGCGCGUCCGCGUCGGGCGCGAAGACCUUCAAGAGCGUCAACUUCUACCGGCGCGUCGGGCCCGACGCCAAGGUCACGACGGGCAGCGACGACGCCGACGUGUCCGUCGUCCGCUACGCGCGCGACCCGCACCCGUCGGCCGCGACGCCGGUCCUGUCGGAGGCGCGGCGCGUCGGCGUCGGCAGCGGCGCGGCCGCGACGUUCAAGCUCUCGCUGCCGACGACGGCCGGCGGCAACGCGACGCUCGGCGACCUGCCGCCGGCCUCGGAUGCGACGAUCUUCCUUGUUUGUGGUGAAACAACUUCGGCGACGUACUGCGAGGGCGCCGUCGCCGAGGCGGACGUCGCCGCGGACGUCUGCGCGGGCUGGAACGCGUCGACGCGCGUCGCCGUCGCGCUCUCCUGCGCCUACGCGGCCGCCGUGCGCUGCGAGGUCUUCGACGAGGACGGCGGGGACUGGGUCGACGCGGACGGCUGCGCCGUCGACGAGGCGUCGUCGGACUCGGAGCAGACGACGUGCGCGUGCGCCGCGGCGCCGGGCGCGCCGCCGCGCGACUACGCGGCGAUGUCGUCCGCGGACGCCUACGCGGCCUACGCGGCGACGUCCUUCAACGACCCCCUGUCGACGAGCCUCCUCACGCAGAGCUGGGUCGUCUUCUCCUUCAUGGCGUCGUGCGCGGCCGUCUGGCUCGCGUUCGCCGCCGUCGGCCACGCGCUCGACCGGCGCUUCGAGAAGCGCGAGGCCGCGCGCGAGGCCGCGGCGUCGCGCGCGGCGGCGACCAAGGCGCGGCGGCCGUCGUCGGCGCGCCAGCGCACGCGGCUCCACCAGCUCGAGAAGUCGCUCGCGAAGCAGAAGCUCAAGGCGCAGCUCACGCCGGCGUCGUCCGCGCGCGACCUGAAGGCGCACGCGCGGUCCGUGCACCGCGCGGUGCUCCGCGCGUCGCUGCCGUCCGUCGUCACGAAGCACCGCCUCGUGCGGCGCACGCUGCGCAACCCGGACGAGGCGGAGGCCAAGUCCUUCAAGGAGCUGCGCCUCGUGCUCUGGACGGUCUACUACAACCACUCGUGGUUCUCCAUCGCGUCCGUCUACUCGCGGGACCACCCGCGGUGGCGGCGCUGCCUCCUCGCCUUCUUCGAGACCAUGAUCAUCGCGGUCUGCGAGGCCGUCACGGCCUGGGUGUCCUACCCCGUGGGGCUCUGCAAGGUCGCGGACGACGCGGCGAGCUGCGAGAACAUCCGGUCGUCGACGUCGUUCGGCACGGACAACAACUGCCGCUGGGACGUGUCCACGGAGCCCGAGUGCGUCUUCGACCCGCCGCGGGGCUCUGGCGAGAUCUUCUUCAUGCGCCUCCAGAUGGCCGUCGUCUCCGUGGCCAUCACGCUGCCGCUCCUGAAAUUCGCGAACUGGAUCUUCGACUCCUACGUCUUCGCGCCCGUGGUCACCGCGUCCGAGCUCGCCGCGCGGCGGCGCCGCGGCUCAAACGCGGGCGGCUACCCGUCGGAAUUCCUCGCCGGGCGCCAGCUGCUGGCGAACCUGGGCAUGGACGAGGUGCCCGACCCGCGCUACAAGCGCGACGACCGGCUCACGCGGCUCCUCCAGCGGGCCUUCGGCGGGUCCGCGGCGGCCAAGGAGGUCAAGCGCGCGCGGACGGCGGAGCGCAUCGCCCACGCCUUCGCGUCCCUCGCGCGCUGGCAGACCAUGCGCCUCGUGCUGCGCCAGCGCCAGGAGAUCCGCGACGCGAUCGCGGACCUCGACGACGGCGUCUACGACGGCGCGGUCGCGCCGCCGCCGCGGCGCGGCGCGGCGCCGCCGCCGGCCGCGGCCGGGCCCGACGUCGUGGGGACCGUGGCCGCGGCGGGCGGCGCGACCUUCGACCGGCGCGCGCUCCUGCGGCGGACGGCGAACAUGCGGAGCCUCCGGGACUUUCUGGACCGGCGCGCGGCGUCGCCGUACCGCAGCGCGCUCGUCGCGCUGCUGCGGCACCACGGCGCGUACUGGCACCUCGACCCGGACGCGUUCUUCUGGCAGCGGACCUUCGCGACGCGCGUGCACGCGGUGCUCGUGGACUCGAUCACGGUCGCGAGCCGGUGGAUCGACAGGAUCCACGACGGCGACGCGGCGCACGCGAAGCGCCUGCUCGCGCUCUACCAGCUCAAGGUCGCCGAGGAGCUCCACGGCAUCGAGCGCGACCUCUUCUACCGCCACUGCUCCCUCGAGGCCGUCAAGGACGCGGGCGCCGCGGGCGCGGACGCCGUGUCGCCCAACGCGCGGCGCGCCGCCGUGGGCGUCGUCUGCCUGGCGCUGGUCGGCAUGGGCUACUUCAUGCUCUUCUUCGCGCGGGCCUACGACCGGGGCAGCAUGCAGGAGAACUGGCUCUACGCGACGGUCAUGACCAUGUUCCUCAUCAUCUUCGUCUUCGAGAAUCUGCGGUCGCUCAUCCUGCUCAUCUACCUGCCGGCGCUGCUCGUGCCCAAGCUGCGCCACAUCCGCGACCCGCUCCACGUGCCCCUCGUGCCCUUCCGGCACGAGACGCCCGUGACGCCCGUGCAGCUCGUCGACGUCCGCGAGGCGCGCGCGGUGCUCAAGGCGUCCGCGGUGCCGCGGCGGCUCCACGCGCGCCUGGGGACCGUGCGCCGCGAGAGCGGCCUCUUCGUGUCCACGGACGACCCGACGGACGUGCCCCGGCCGGUGUUCUGGCGCGCCGCGGCGGACCGGUGGGCGCGGUUCCGGGACCGGCUCUUCGAGGACGACGACGAGCUCAUCGUCGACGCGGACCACGACGACCGCGACGUCAACCGCGACUUCCGCCGGGGCCACGCGGCGGGCUGGAGCCUCGACAACGUGCGCGAGCGGCUCGGCUACGUGAACUGGGAGCGGCCGCGGCUCCACGCGGCCGCGCUCGUCUGCGGCGGCUUCGUCACGCGCUGCGUCAUGCGGCUCCACCAGGAGUUCCAGGAGCUCUUCCUCGAGGAGACGGCGAAUUUGCUCACGAUCAUCGUCGCGUCCGUGUCCGGCGAGGUCUUCGACGUCUUCCGGCGCGGCCGCGGCUCCGCGACGGAGGCGCGGCGCCGCGGCGCGUCCGUCAUGGUCUUCUCGUUCCUCGUCGUCUUCGCGCUCGUCGUCUACGUGGCCCGCGCGUGCGUCUACCCCGUGCUCCGGCGCUCCUGCCGGCGCCUCGCGCGCGCGCUGCGGCCCGCGGCCGCCGUCGAGGCCGCCGCGGGCGACGGCGAGAGCGACGACGACGACGACGGCGCCGCGGACGCCUACUUCCGCCGCGCGGACCGCGAGGACGAGGACCUCUUCUCCGACGACAGCGACGUCGACCUCGUGCCGCGGCGCGACGACUACGACUCCGACGACGACGACCUCGCGGAGCAGCUGAGCGCGCUCGAGACGAGCGCGUUCCAGCAGAACAUCCACGUCCGCUUCGACCGCGAGUCCUCGCUCGCGUCGCGGCCCGGCGACGGCGACGACGACGCCGGCGACGGCGCGGCGCCGGACGACGACGACGACGACGACGCCCCGGCCGCGGACGUCGCGCCCGCCGCGUCGACCGCGCGCCGCGUCGGCUUCGUGGACCAGGUCGAGGCCGACGCGGCGCUCCGCGAGCGCCGCACGGCGAACGCGCGGCGCUUCGACCCCGAGACCUAGGGCGCGCGGAGAACGUGCCCCGCUCCGCGGACCUAAGGAAAACGUGUCCCGCGUG